AACGACUUUUGGAAGAAAGGUGGCGAAGUUGACAAACUAUGGAAAGAACUUUCCGAAGCAAUGACGAAGUCAAAUGUUAAUGCCACUGCAAAUGGAUGUGGGACAAUGGAUGAUGGCAGUGCUAGUGGUACUGGUGCCACUGGCACUGGUGGCAGUAGAAUUGCCACCAACCCUGAAAGGAAGGCAUGCAAUUAUUUGCAUGCCGGUCUAAAGAAACUGUAUGAUAUGACGACGGCGACGUCGACGACGCCGUCGUCGACGUCGUCAGGAACUGGUAGUCCUGUUUUGGACAACCCACUGUUGAAACAAACAGUGGGUUGUUUAUUACUUAAUGCUUAUGCAAAACAAAUGAAAAAAGAAGCUAAAUGUUUAGUUGUAUCAGGAAUAAAGAAAGCUUUCGAGAAGGCAGGUACUUGCAAUGGUAGUUCCAGUGGCAAGGAACCUUGUGUUCCUUGCCAAUGGGAUGAAGACAUCCUUACUACUUGCCAAAUUACCUUAAAUGGCACAGAACAAACGCCAUGUGACUUUUGGGAUAAGACUGUUAAGAAAACAUUGGAGGAGAUGUUCAAGAAAAUCGAGGAGAAUGGAAAGAACACAUCCAAGGCAUUCCCUAUUGACACAAUGUGCCGAGGCUUUGGUGAUGGCAAUGAACAUAGUGUUGAAAGGAAGGCUUGUAAUCACAUCGUGGCGGGACUAAAACACAUUAACACACUUAGUGGUAAUGGUAAUAACAAGCAACUGCUCGAUAGAGCAGUUGCUUGUAUUGCUCUUAACCUUUAUGCUGAUCAAAUAAUUAAAAAGUCGGAAGGGAAAUGUCCGAUUGAUGAGGAAAGAAUACAAAGAAUGUUUGAUGCUUGGAAUUUUUUUAUUAAGAAUAAUAAUUCGUGUAAGAGUGGGGAUAAUAGUUGUUUUAAGUGUGAAAGGAAUGAAAAAUUUAAUGGUUGCAAACUAAGUGUUUCCAACACUUUGAUUAAUACACCCCAAGAUGGAAGUUGCAAUGACGACGACAAUAAAGACGUCCCCAAAAAAAUGAACAAUCUCCUCGAAGCAGAAUCUAACAUGCAGACAACAUUAAACAAAAUAAAUGAAAUGGACACCUUCUGUAGUCGUUUACAAUGUGCAGUAAAACAAUACGGCAAAAAAUCGUUAAAUAAAACAAAUGGACAAACAACAUCUUGG